UCAGAUGGUCUUCUUGUUGAAGAUAGGGAGGUGAGAAAGCUCCUCCACUUCAGAUACUGAUUGUCCUAACAUAAGUUGGUUGACCUCUCCAAUGGGCCAGCUACCAGAAGCUGAAAUUAGAUGCCUGUCACAAUUAGAGUUAUCAGUGGUGGUGACACUGAUUUCAUGAGUGACAACAAAUGGAUGUGGUGAUGAGCUUUUAUUUCCUGCUCCAGGUUUCUUAUCCACUUAAGGUAGAAUCAAACAGUUAAAAUUCUCUCUUUUGGAUGGAAGAUUAAGCAGUUAGACUUGAAGCAUCAAUUGUCUAUGUGAAUUGUGAUUUGUGAAAGCUUCUGAUCUUCAUGCAAAACCUAGAAAAAGUGAUUCUUUUAGUAUCUACUUCCAAUAUACAUGCAGAUCAAUACUGUGAGAUGGCUAUAUCAUUUUUUGCUGAUGCUUAUUUUGCUUGUAUGAACCAGAGAUAUCACAAGGGUCUUCCCAAUAGAAAGACCACUUAAAUCUGGUAGGCCUUGUGUAGCCUACUAAUUCCAGAAGCAUAUCAUCUUGACAUCAAUUGGCUCUCCCUCUCAGCUCCCUUGUUUCAAUAAAUCAUACACAAAAUUGGUCCUCUGGGUAAGGAAAAGAAUAGAAAAUUGAAGGGAGGAAGCCAAAUCAAGCCCAAGCUGAGCCAGCCAAUUUAAAGGGUUAAUUUUGACCAAUUUUGACCUUAUUCAAAACAAACCCACUGCCGUCCUCGAUAAAUGCCAACCUCAGCUCCCUCCGAUCUCCCAACACGAGAGCGCAAAAGUCUCUCCUUUCGGAGUCUCAAAACUCUUCUCGAGGGAGAAAGAAGGAGAGCAAAGCAAACCACAUGGGCCUUCUCGACCAGCUGUGGGACGACACCAUCGCCGGCCCCCCGCCCCUCCGCAAGCUCCGCAAGUACAACUCCUUCUCCUCCUCCUCCUCCGCCGCCGCCGCCGCUACCGCUGCCGCUGCCGGCCAGGUCAGCCGCAGCAUCACCAUCCUCCGCACCCCGGCCUCCUCCCCCCGCUCCCCCUCCUCGCCGACCAGCGCCCCCGACUCCCCCGUCGCGCCUCCGGGGCCGAGAGGAGACUGGAAGAGGCUGCAGAGGAAGUCGGUGCCGGCGGCGGAGGGAAUGCAAACGGUCGAGUCCAGGAACCCCACCGUCUACGACUGGGUGGUGAUAAGUUCCCUGGAGAAGUGACCCUAAUCUGAAAUGGAGGAGAGGAAAUCAAAACAUCAAAUGAUGCAAACAAAAGAGUUGCAGUCAGCUUGUGUUUCUUCAUCUGUAUGUAGGAUGUAGAAUUGUGUAGCUGGAAAUGAAGCUACCAAGGGAGAGAGGACAAGGAUAGUAAUGUAGCAAGUAUUCAUGUAUUCUGACCAUGUCACACUGGUUUUUUAUUUUUAUUUUUAUUUUACCUUCUCCCCAUAUUUUUUUUCUUUUUUCUUUGUAAUUUUUAUGUUAUUUCCCAUGUAAAUUGGUGGGUGGUGAUGCAACAUGCAAUGCAAUGCAUGUUAUCCAUAUAUGGCUAAUAUGGAUAUCCAUAUGUAUCUUA